GUCCAGGCAGUUCCCUUUUUAUUCAAUUACUGGAAGUGUACAUGGGGACGUCUAUCCUCUGGUGAUUUAUUUUUUAAUUGUGAGUUUGUUUAUAAGAGCUGCCCACACUGCUUGAAUUUAAAAAAGCUACUCUACUCUGCUCCGAAGACACAAAAUGGUCUUCAUUUCUACUGACAAUCUCCAUUUUGUUCUUUAUUUGUCAAUAGGUCUCCUGAGUGUUCUGCCACUUACAGAAUGUGGUCAAAUUAGGCUUAUCGGGCCCACACGCUGCUCUGGUAGACUGGAGGUCUUCCACCAAGGCACAUGGGGAACAGUGUGUGACGAUCACUGGAGCAUAAAUAAUGCUGACGUGGUGUGUCGAGAGUUAGAUUGUGGGACGUCCCUUGAGGUGAAAAAAGGCGCCUUCUUCGAACAUGGGAAGGAUGAAAUCUGGUUGGAUGAUGUGCAAUGCACUGGCCAUGAGAGUUCCAUCCUAAAAUGCCCCCACAGACCACUUGGAGAAAGUAAUUGUGGCCACAAUGAAGAUGUUGGGGUUAUCUGCUCGGAUAAUGUGAGGGUGAUCAAUGGAAGCAACCGUUGCAAUGGCAGAGUGGAAGUCUUUUAUGAUGGCCACUGGAGUCGAGUGUGCAGCAGUGACUGGGGCACCCUCGAGGCCGACAUUCUGUGCAAAGAGAUUAACUGCGGCACUCCUGUUGCUGCAGUUGUAAUGCCACAUUUUGAAGGGACACAUGACAGAAGUGGUGUCAAAACCUCCUGUUUCGGAAAUGAGAGCACUAUUGCACAGUGCGCACUUCAAGAACUCAAGCAGUCCUGUGAAGACGCUAGUGUUUUCUGUUCAAACAGUAAACCAAUUCGAUUGAUGAAUGGGACUAAUAGGUGCUCUGGUCGAGUGGAAGUCUACCAUGAUGCAGUGUGGGGAACAGUUUGCGAUGACAAAUGGGGGAUACAGGAGGCCUCCGUUGUAUGCCGAGAGAUGAACUGUGGAAAUUCCCUCGGAGUCAAGUACAAGGCGUUCUAUGGGAGAGGCCACGAUCAGAUUUGGCUGGAUGAUGUUGAGUGCAUCGGUCAUGAGAAGUCGCUCUCUGACUGCCCUCACAAAGGUUUUGGAAACAAUGACUGCGAUCACAAUGAAGAUGCUGGUGUUGAAUGCUCAGAGAAUCUCAGAUUGACCAAUGGAACGGACCAAUGCUCCGGCCGAGUGGAGCUCUUUCACAAUGGCCAUUGGGGGCCAAUUUGUAAUAAUAACUGGAGCCUUAGAGAAGCUACAUUAGCGUGCAAGGAACUUGAGUGCGGAGCUCCCAAAAAAUCCCAAGAAAAAAGUUUUGGUCGAAGUGGAAUGAAAGGCUUUACAACUACAUGCUCUGGAGAUGUGAGCUCUAUCACCCAGUGCGAAAUUCAUGAGUCGGGGGCAUGUGAUGGUGUUUCUCUUUCAUGUGCAGAUUCUUCCUCAGGUAUUCCACCACUCAGGCUUGUCAAUGGCACUGGCCGAUGCUCUGGCAGAGUUGAAGUUCUGCAAAAUGGCUUGUGGGGAACAGUGUGCGAUGACGAGUGGGACUUCAAAAAUGCUCAGGUGGUUUGCAGGGCCAUGGACUGUGGAACGGCUCUAACAGCCAAAACUAAUGCCUACUUUGGUAAAGGCCAUGGAGACAUCUGGCUGGAUGAUGUCAAGUGCAUUGGGAAUGAGACGUCCCUUUUCCACUGUCAACAUCCCAGCUUAGGAGACAAUAACUGUGGCCAUGAAGAAGAUGCUGGUGUGAUUUGUUCAGAUACCAUUAGGCUGAUCAAUGGGACUGACCAGUGCUCAGGCAGGGUGGAAGUCCACUAUGGUGGCCACUGGUCUCCAGCAUAUAACCUUAACUGGGGAAUGAAUGAAGCUACAGUGGUGUGCAGAGAGAUGAAUUGUGGGGAUCCUGUGAGGGUCACAGGAUCAUUUGGUCAAGGCAGUGAUAUGAGAGGGUAUAAGAUCAGUUGUGGUGGAAGAGAGAGCUCUAUAGUACAGUGCUCGCUGAGAGAAUAUGUCAGAACGAGCUUUGAUACCAUUGAAGAGGCAGCGGUUGAAUGUUCAGGCAAUGUCAAAUUGUCCGGUGGGUCCAAUCGUUGUGUUGGAAAAGUGGAGUUUUACAACAAAGGCCAGUGGGGGACUGUGUGUGGUGACUCCUGGGAUAGGAAUGAUGCUGCAGUGGUAUGCAGACAGCUGAACUGUGGUGGGGCUCAUAAGAUUACCACCUUCACCGAAUAUGGACACAGCACUAGCCAUACCUGGACCGAUCAAAUUGGAUGCAAUGGACAAGAGUCUACCCUGAGUCAGUGCACACAAACCCCAUUUAUAGACAAAACCUGCAACAUCACCUCAGUUGCCGGUGUUAUCUGCACAGGAAGUUUGGAGGUCCGAUUGACCAACGACAAGGACGACUGCUCUGGUAGAGUAGAGGUUCGUCAAGGUGAUGUGUGGCAAACAGUAUGCGAUGCAGACUGGACCCUGAGUAAAGCUGAGGUUGUGUGUGAGCUGCUGGAGUGCGGACGUGCCAUAAACGUAUACGGUGCUGCCCAUUUUGGCCAAGGCAGAGGACCAGUAGUGGAGGCCAGCAAUUUGUGUUUUGAAAAUGUGACAUCUCUUCAGCAGUGCUCACUCAACGGUUUCAGAGCAGCAACAUGUGGGCAUGACCGUGAUGCUGGAGCUAUUUGUGCAGCACAGCUUCGUCUGGUCGGUGGCUCCGGUGAAUGCUCGGGACGAGUAGAGAUUUUGUAUAAAGGCAUGUGGGGAACUGUGUGUGAUGAUGAAUGGGAAAUGCCAAAUGCCGAUGUGGUGUGUAGACAGCUUGGCUGCGGUCACGCUGUUUCUGCUCCUGCAAGUGCUCACUUCGGUAGAGGAUCUGGUCCAAUAUGGCUGGAUAACGUGGAGUGUUCAGGUCAAGAGACUGCUCUGACAUACUGUACUCAUCCUGGGUUUGGAGAAAAUAACUGCGGGCACGGUGAAGAUGCUGGUGUCAUAUGUUUAGGAGCUCUACAGAAACCUGAAAUCUCCAUUAGUCCUGGGUCAGAGGUUAACUGGGGUGACAGAGUCGAAAUCACCUGCAGGAUCGUAACAGAACAAAUGGGUGGGACAUUCGCCCUGAAAAAGCUUCAAGGAUCGUUUAAAAUGGAAAAAUUCUCAGAAAAUGAAGCGGCAACCUUUGCUUUCCCCACGGUGGACUUCAACCAAAAGGGAUCAUACUUCUGUGAAUAUCAGAAGAAACUGGUCGGUCAACUCAUCUAUUAUCCUCAAGGAAAUACUGCAGAGCUCUCUGUUACCGUGAAACUGGAGACACCGAGCAUCUCGCUGACUUCCCCUCACGCGAUGGUGAUCUACAGCCCUGUCAAAAUAUCGGUCCCCGAAGGCAGCAGCUUCUCUGUCACUUGCUCUACUCAUUCCAAAUAUCCCGCAGGUGUCUUCUAUCUGGCAAAGUCCAACAAGAACACCACCGAGAUGAAGCCAGCAUUUGGCCACUCUGUCUUCUACCUUGCAUACUUUGAAUUUCCUGCAACAGAUUUUAUACACCAAGGAGAAUAUAGCUGUGUCUAUGCUGUUAACCUCUCCUCUGUGGUCUUCACUUCCCCGCCUUCAAAGUCACUUGAAGUUGCUGUAAUUGCAUCUUCAUCAUCAUCGGUCGUCACAGGAGUUGUGGUCAGUCUAGUGGUGUUGGUAAUUGUGCUGGCUAUAGGCUACAUGGUUUGGAGAAGGAGAUGGCGCGGUGCUGGUACCAUGGUUCAGUUUAGUAACAGGUUUGGUGGAGCGAUAAAACAAGAUGCAGAAGACAGAAGCAACGGAGCACCUAGUGGCAGGGGCCACAAUACCCUGGUGAAUGAUGAACCUGCUGGACACAGUCAUAGCCCGGAGGAGAAGAUUGCAGAUGUGGACUUUGAUGACUCUGUUGAAAAAGUCCCUGAAGACCUGGCUGGGAGAGUGUGUUACGAGCUUGAACCACUCGUUAACUCAUGAUAACAAAAUGACUCCUGGGACAACCUGCGUUAUGCGGUUUCGAUAGAUUUGAACACGCAACGUUGUUCUAAAAAAAGCAGUGUUACUCUGUGCAGGUUACACUUCUGUUGCACCUGUAGCCACAGCUAACAGUGAUGUUACAGUGUACUGGUACACUCUGGGGUACACGUCUACAUCACAGCAGCAAAAUUUAAUUGUUAGCGCUCAGAAAAAAACAAUCAGCUGGUGUUAUGUUGCUCUUACUGUCAGACCAUAGGAACAUUAAGGAACUGGGUUAAUUGUGUUUUUAAUCCUCUUUUUAUGUAAACAAAUGAUUCAGAAAUGUACCAACUUCAUAUUUCCUCAAAUACAUGAUUUCUUCCUCAAAUUGAAUUUCUCUAUAAAACAUAUUUUCCUCGUCUUGAAGCCAUUUUUAUUUUUCCAGUAGAUGCAGCCGAUCACAAAGCACAGUUUCAUGGACCUGU